AUGGCUCCGCCGUUCCCACCCCUCCUCCUGGCUCUCCUCGCGGCAGCGGCAGCGGCCGUCUCGCUCGCGACAGCGGCGGCGGUGUUCCCCGAGGAGGCGCUGCCGACCAGCUCGGGCUACCUCUCCGUCGACCCGUCCGCCAACGCCUCCCUCUUCUACGCCUUCUACGAGGCCAGCGCCCCGCUCGCCGCCACGCCGGCCGACACGCCGCUGCUCCUCUGGCUGCAGGGCGGGCCCGGCUGCUCGGGCCUCAUCGGCGACCUCUUCGAGCUCGGCCCCUACCUCGCCAACGCGCCCGACGGCAGCUCGCUCACCCGCAACCCCUUCGCCUGGAACCGCCGCUUCGGGCUGCUCUUCCUCGACAGCCCGCUCGGCACCGGCUUCAGCGCCGCGCCCUCGCCCGCCCUCAUCCCCAGGGACCAGCCCGCCGUCGCCGUCCACAUCCUCGCCGCGCUCCAGUCGUUUUUCGACGCCAACACGCCCGCGUUCCGCAAGCGGCCCUUCUUCCUCUCGGGCGAGAGCUACGCCGGCAAGUACGUCCCGGCCGCCGGGGCGCACAUAUUCGCCGCCAACCCGACGCUGCCGGCGUGGCGGAGGAUCAACCUCCGCGGCGUGGCCAUCGGGAACGGGCUCACGCACCCGGUCGCGCAGGUGGCCACGCACGCCGACUCGGCCUACUUCAUGGGCCUCGUCAACGCGCGGCAGCGGCGGGAGAUGGAGGCGAUGCAGGCGGAGGCGGUGGCGCUCACGGAGGCCGCGCGGUGGCGGGAGGCGGGUGACGCGCGGGCCCGCGUGCUCGACCGGCUGCAGAACGUCACGGGCCUCGCCACGCUCUACGACUUCGCCAAGCAGCGGCCGUACGCGUCGGCUGGCGUCGAGAAGUUCCUCAACAGGGCGGAGGUCAAGGCAGCGCUGGGCGCGCUCCCGGACGUGACGUGGGAGGGGUGCAGCGACGCGGUGGGGGAGGCGAUGCAGGAUGACGUGAUGAAGAGCGUGCUGCCGGAGGUGGAGGCGCUUCUCCGGCAGACGCGCGUGCUGCUGUACCAGGGCAUCCGCGACCUCCGGGACGGCGUCGUGUCGCAGGAGGCGUGGAUCAAGGAGCUGCGCUGGGGCGGCCUGCGCGCGUUCCAGGACGCCGAGCGCGCCGUGUGGCGGAUCGGCGAAGGGGAGGAGCAGGAGCUCGCCGGGUACGUGCAGCGGUCGGGGGCGCUGACGCAGGUGGUGGUGUACGGCGCCGGGCACCUCGUGCCAGUGGACAACGGGCGCGCGGCGCAGGAGAUGAUUGAGGGAUGGGUCACGCAGACGGGUGUCUUCGGAAGCGGCAUGAGGUAG